AUGGCAACAUCAGAUUAUCCGAAUGAAACAAAAGUUAUGGUUCCACCAUUAAAUUUUGCAAUGGUAGCACCAGGAGUGUAUAGAUCAGGACAUCCCAACAGAAAAAAUUAUCCUUUUUUAAUUAAAUUAGGACUUAAGAGCAUAAUUUAUUUGUCGUCCGAUGAUUUUAAUAAAGAAUUAGAUCAAUUUGUCAAGGAACAAAACAUUCAAGUUUUUCAUUAUAGAAUUGAUGGAAAUAAAGAACCUUUUGUCGAGAUUGAACAAAAAGAAAUAAGUAGUGCAUUAGUUAAAGUAUUAGAUGUUCGAAAUCAUCCAGUGUUGAUUCAUUGUAAUAAAGGAAAGCAUCGAAUAGGGUGUUUAGUAGGAUGUCUUCGUAAAUUACAAAAAUGGUCAAUGACUUCGAUAUUUGAUGAAUAUCGUAGAUUCGCUGGUUCAAAGGUAUUAGCAGACCAAGAGGUAUUAAUUAAUUUUACUAGUUAA